UCGCGUCUCCUCGCUUGUCCCCUUGCUCUCGAGAGGAAAGGGCUGAAAGCCAGUACCACUUUAUCUCCUUUACUCCUCCUUUGCCAUCCCUCCACCUACCUUUUCCCCACCUAUUCCCUCCUAUCCCCUCUCUUAUUCCCAGGCUUUAAAUCCCUUUCUUAAAGAGGAGGGAAAAGUGGGGGGAGGAGAGGAGGGGAGGGGGAGAAUAUCCGAGGGGAGAGCGAGGAAUGAAAGGAUAAAAGGAGCUAAAGCAAUAGAAAGAGACAAAGGAGGAGGAGUUAUUAUAUAUUUGUUAAGCGGCUUAAUUUGUGUAACCGCCCUCUCAUCCCCUUCCCUUUUGCAGACAUCUGUUGCUUGCCCGUCGUCACCGACCGACUUCUUCUUUAGGGCUCUCACCCCAUCUUCUUUCCUCGUGGCUUCUUGGUAAAAGAGGGAAGAAAGAGAGAAGAGAGCAGAGAUGGAGGAGGGGAAGAAGUCGGCGGUGUCGGACGCCGGGGCGUGGGCCAUGAACGUCGUCAGCUCCGUGGGCAUCAUCAUGGCCAACAAGCAGCUCAUGUCCCCCGCCGGCUACGCCUUCUCCUUCGCCACCACGCUGACUGGGUUUCACUUCGCGGUAACUGCAUUCGUGGGGUUCGUGUCAAAUGCGACUGGAUUUUCUUCCUCAAAGCAUGUUCCACUGUGGGAGCUUCUCUGGUUUUCUAUUGUUGCCAACACAUCCAUCACUGGGAUGAACUUAAGUCUCAUGCUCAACUCUGUCGGCUUUUAUCAGAUCUCAAAGUUGAGCAUGAUUCCGGUCGUCUGUGUGAUGGAGUGGAUCCUUCAUAGCAAACACUAUUCUAAAGAAGUGAAGAUGGCGGUGGUGGUGGUUGUUGUUGGUGUUGGUGUCUGCACAGUGACAGACGUAAAAGUUAAUGCCAAGGGGUUUUUGUGUGCUUGCAUUGCAGUAUUGUCAACAUCCUUGCAACAAAUUUCAAUUGGUUCCUUGCAGAAGAAGUAUUCAAUUGGUUCUUUUGAACUGCUGAGUAAGACGGCCCCAAUACAAGCCCUUUCUCUUCUGUUUCUUGGACCUUUCAUAGAUUACUACCUGAAUGGCAAAUCCUUAAUAAUGUACAACUUUUCUUCUGGUGUAAUUUUCUUCAUACUUCUUUCAUGUGCUCUUGCCGUAUUCUGCAACAUGAGCCAGUAUCUUUGCAUUGGUCGUUUCUCAGCAACCUCAUUCCAGGUUCUGGGCCAUAUGAAAACUGUCUGCGUCCUUAUGCUUGGUUGGCUACUGUUUGAUUCACAGCUGACACUGAAAAACAUAAUGGGAAUGGUGAUAGCCAUUGUAGGGAUGGUUGUCUACAGCUGGGCUGUGGAGUUGGAGAAACAAGCGAGUGCUAAGAUUGCUCUUACCAAAACUAGCUUAACUGAAGAUGAAAUCCGCCUUCUGAAAGAUGGAGUGGAAAAUGCACCUGUAAAAGAUGUAGAGCUUGGGGAAACAAAGGCCUAACUGUAGCUUGUGGUUUGAUGAAGCAUACAAUAUUGUGCUAUGUCUGGUUGAGCCUUGAAUAUCUGCUAUGUUACAAUGAUAGCUGCAACAGAUGGGGUGACUCGACCCAUGAAAGUUCAGCCUCAUUUCUUCUUCUAUUGUUCAGAUUCUUUGGGGUAGUUGCCAACAUCAGGAGGUGGAGAUGUAAAGGUUAUCUUUUCACUACUAUAGUAUCCUAGGCUGCAUGACACAGCAUUUCAUUUGUUUGUUCAUGCAUGGUUUCCAACGGAGGAUAGAGUUUCCUGCACAAACCCUGUAAUCUUUAUCUACAUACAUUGACAUUUAGCAAAGCCUUUUUAUGAAAUUAAAUUGGUUUGUUCUUGAUGUUGAGAUAAGUGAUGACUUUUACCAUAA